AUGGACAACAACCAGCAACAAAACGUUGCCACCUUUGCCGCCGGGUGCUUCUGGGGUGUUCAACUGGCAUUUGACCGUGUCCCGGGUGUUCUUGAGACAACCGUGGGCUAUACGCAAGGAACAGUGGAUAACCCUACGUAUCGCCAAGUUUGUUCAGGCCGUACCAACCAUGCAGAAGCUAUUAAGGUUGUGUUUGACAAUAAUCAAGUGUCGUACGACGGUUUGCUAAAGAAAUUCUGGUCCAUGCAUGACCCUACGACGCUCAACCGCCAAAAGAACGACUCGGGCACGCAGUACCGUUCGGGUAUUUACUACCACAGUGAGGAUCAGCGGAAGGCUGCGUUGGCUUCCAAAGAGGAGCAUCAGAAGACGCUAAGCAAUCCUAUUGUUACCGAGAUUAAAGAAGCCAAGCAUUUCUGGGACGCAGAAGAUUAUCAUCAGAAGUAUUUGCAGAAGGGAGGACAAUGCGCUGAUAAAGGAUGCGACACCGCGAUCCGCUGCUAUGGUUGA